CUCUGACCCAAAAUUAGCAACGGUUUUAACUCAUCCAGAUCACAGUAAAUCUGUUUCCCGGGAAUGGGAUCGCGAUUCGAGGUUGCCGUCACGAUAACCUCCGCCAAGGACCUGAAGAACGUCAACUGGCGUCACGGCAGCCUGAAGCCGUACGCCGUCGUCUGGGUGGAUCCCAAAGCCAAGUCCUCCACCAGGGUUGACGAGGACGGCGACACCAACCCCGUCUGGAACGACACUCUCAUCAUUCCGCUCAAUUCCUACAUCGAAGAUUCCACCCUGUACAUCGACAUCGUCCACGCUUUCGCCGCCGAGGACGUCAAGCCGCUCAUCGGCUCCGCCAAGCUGCACCUCCGCGACGUCGUGAGCGAUGCCGGCAUCGGCACCCCCGUCGACCGACAGAUCUCGCUCAAGCGCCCUUCUGGUAGGCCGCAGGGGAAAUUAGAGGUCAAAAUCACUGUGCGCGAGCCGAUGAUCCAACCCCGAGAUCCAUACCUGGCGCCUCCCUACGGCGUUCCUCCGCCGGCGACCAGGGCAAAUCCGGCACCUCCGCCGUACGGAAGCCCGUAUGCGGCUCCUCCCACGGGCUACCCUUACGGCGCUGCGGCGCCUCCUCAGCCGUAUGUUCAGCCCGGCUACGGUUACGAACAGCCCGGGGGUUACGCUUACGCGGGGCAGGGCAGUUACGGGCAGCCCGCUUACGGUGGCGAGGAGAAAAAGAAGGGGAAAUUCGGUGGGAUGGGGACCGGAUUGGCUGUGGGUGCGGUGGCAGGGGCUUUGGGUGGACUCGCACUGGCAGAAGGGUUUGAUGCGCUAGAGGACCACAUCGCCGAUGAGGCUGCGGAGAAAGUGGAAGAAGACCUCGGCUACGACGCCGAUGACUUUUAAGAUACUCGUAUUAAAAAUUAAAAAAAAUUUGUUUUUCCGUCUUACUUUGCCCGUAUCAAUGUUCAAGUGUCUUUUUUAUUUUAGGGAAAACUGUCAAAUAGGUCCUCGAACUUUCAUAAAAAGGUCAAUUAAGUGCUUCCAUAGGAGGUUCUGUCCGGCCGUCGCGAUUUGGGUCAGUUCCCGGUGGAAUUUUUUGAUGAAAUUUUUUUAGCAUCUUAUUCACCAGAUCUAGUUUACUCAUAUCAACUUUCAGCUAAAAAUUCAAUCGGGAACACAUUCAAAUUAAUUCUUGAAGAUAACUCCGCAUUUUUGCGUUCUCGAAUUAAUUUGAAUGCGCUCCCGAUUAAAGUUUUAGCUGAAAUUUGGUAUGAGUAAACUAGGCUCGAUGAAUAAGAUGCUCAAAAAAUUUCAUCAAAAAAUUUCACCGGGAACCGCCCCAAAUCGCGAUGACCGGACAAAGUCUUCUAUAGAAGGACUUAAUUGACUUUUUUAUGAAAGUUCGAGGACCUAUUUGACAGUUUUCCCUUUAUCUUAUGAGGUUCUAUGAAAAGGAAAUACGAGUAUUUUAUCUUAGGGAAAACUGUCAAAUAAGCCCCCUACUAAUACAGAAAAGUCAAUUAAGCCUCUGAACUCAAAAAACACUCAAUUAAGCCCACGAACUAUAAAAAACGAGGCAAAACAGUCCUUUUACCAGGUAAUUAAGCAGUUAAAAAGAGAUAAGGAAAAAAGGAAAGAAAGAGAAAAAGAGAAAAAGAAAAUGUAAAAGCAUGUCACAUCAUUUGUCACACAUGCAACUUAACUGGGAACGGUUAAUAUCCUGCUAAAAGGAUUGUUUUGUCUCGUUAUAUUUAGUUCGUGGGCUUAAUUGGAUGUUUUUUGAGUUCGGGGGCUUAAUUGACGUUUUUGUAUUAGUAGGGGGCCUAUUUGACACUUUUCCCUUUAUCUUAGUACUUCGAAUAUUACGGUUUUGGCCAUUGUCAUGCCGAUACAUUUUUUUUUUAAUUUGGAGUGGGAUGGAACUUAAGAGUUUAAUUUUGUUCAACUCCCCGUUUGAGGGUGAACAUAACCCUCAAAUAUUAUAAUAUUAGAGUAUACGACAUUUCUUUCUUGAAGAGUCAAUGACCAUCUUUUUUUUGGGAGUAUUUAUUUAGAUUAGAGUAUUAGACAUGCUUGUGGGGCCUUUUGGUUUUAUACGGAGUACUUUACAAAAGGCAUGUGCAACGUAUUUCUUUUAAAUUUGGCAAAUAUAUAAAUAAAAAUUAUUAUCUUCAUUUUAUCAAAAUUAACAGAAUAAAAUAUAAUUUUAAAUGUAAUUUUUUUUCAUUUCGUAAUUUAGCAUAUUUAGCUUAUUGAACCGCUUGAAACAAAUUUUCAUCAAUUUUAACAGAUUUAGCUAAUUUCGACAUUAAGAAAAGGUCCCGUAAUAUUAUUGUUAGCUGAAUUUCAAUGAGAGAAUUCCC